CUGAAAAGUUAAGUGUGUGUUUGUGAGUGAAUGAGUGCGCUGCGGGGGAGUUUCAGUGUGCGCUAUUUUUAAAUGGGACUCGUUUCAGAGGAGGAUGAAGAGCUGGCUGCCCUUCCUGCUGCUCGCACACGUUUCCCAGCAUGCCUCAGGGGUAGAGGUGUAUGAGGGGGAGGAGUUUGCCCUGCUGCCCUGUAAGGUAGCAGUUAAUGUUUCCAGUGGUGCCACAGCAGUGGUCUGGGACCGUGAUGAGUUCAAGACCCCAACAGUCCACAUGCGUCUGCAGAGCGGAGAUGAUCUCAAUGACCAAAACGAGCGCUACAAAGAUCGAACAUCAAUGAGAGCUGACGCUCUGCAGACUGGAGAGCUCAGCCUCACUCUGAGGAACCCUGCAGUCUCUGACAGUGGAACCUACACCUGCACCACCCGCAAAUAUGGACAAGAUCAGAGCCAGACUGCAGUGCAACUAAAGGUGAAAGAACUUCCUCCAGUCUGGCCCAAAGUUCUCUCAGCUGUCCUAAUUAUUUUGAUCCUCCUGAUUGCUGUUGUCUUUGGUGUCCUCAAGUACCGUAGCUAUAAAAGGAAAAAGAGGGGUGAAGCUCUCCAGGUGGAGAUGGUGGAAGCGACAGAGUGGGAGAAGUCUAUCUUGCUGCCCUUUAAAACCACAGUUUGCCUUCCUGAUGAUGUCACAGUGGAGUGGAAACACAAAGACACGACGAUCGUCAAGUGUCAGAGCAGCCAAAGGCAGGCUCUGUUACAGGGCCAGGGUUAUGAACAUCGUGCAGAGAUGAACGAAGAGCCACUGAAAACUGGAGACCUCAGUCUGAUGCUGAAAGACCUCCAACUCAGUGAUCAUGGUGUCUACAUCUGCAGCAUCUAUGACAAGAGUGGAAAAAUCCUGAGGAAGAAAGUAGUGACACUAAGUGUUAGAGAUAGGCAGGUGGAGAUGGUGGAGGUGGCAGAGUGGGAGAAGAACGUCAAGCUGCCCUUUGCAACCACAGCUGACCUACCUGAGGAUGUGACAGUGGAGUGGAGAUGUUCUGACUCCAAACAGAUGAUGGUCUACAUGUAUCCAAGUGACCAAAACCAGGAAAACCAUCAAGGACAGGUUUACAAAGGUCGAACAGAGAUGAAUGAAGAGCCACUGAGAGCUAAAGACCUCAGUCUGACCCUGAAAGACCUCCAGCUUAGUGACCGUGGUGUCUACACCUGCACCGUCUACAACAAGGGUGGAAAGGUCCUGCUACAGAAAGUAGUGUCACUCAGUGUCAGAGUUUCUCAGCUGCAGGUGGUGGUGCUAACAGAGGGUGAAGAGUCUGUUCUGCUGCCCUUUAAAAUUACUGAUGAUUUUCCCGAGGACAUCGAAGUGGAGUGGAGACACCAGAAUGUGAAGAUUUAUGUGUAUCUGAGUGGCCAGAACAACCCUCCCUUACCGGAUAGCGAUUACCAAGGUCGCACAGAGAUGAAGGAAGAGGAAGUGAAAAAUGGAGACCUUAGUCUGAUCCUGAAACAGCCCAAACUAAGUGACUGUGGUGUCUACACUUGCACCAUCAAGGACAAGGAUGGAAAAAUUCUGAGAGACAAAAUAGUUGCCCUCGGUGUCCAAGGAAGCUUGAAGAGAGGCGGCACAGAUUUGGACCACAUUAUGAGGCAUAUAGUAUCCAGCUCACCCCAAGCUUCUUCCACUGACAACAAUGAAGAUGGUCCUGCAGCUUGAUGAGUCUGUUAAAACUGGAGGAGGAGGAGCUGGCGGAUGAAGAGAAGACUCUUUAUCAGUUUGUUGUGGUAUAUACAGUAUAAAGUGUAUGGUGUAUAUCUCUGUGUAUUCAGGAUCAGCUUUGUUUCAGUUCUUCAGUGAAGCUUUGUGAUGUUUACUUUGAGAACAUGGUGUGGUGACCUUUUUCACUCUGUAUGUUCCUGCUAGUUUUCAGACAGCAGAUUGUUUGAGAGGUCAGCAGUGUCUGAUUUAUUGUGGUGGUGAACUUGAGUAAAGUUACAUCCUCAGCAACAUAUAACUUUUGGUUGGGUAAGAGGAUGCUGGUCUAACCAUUUCCCUUCUCAUGCUUAGGUAAAGUGUAAGUACCCCCAUAAUUAACUACCUGAAGACAAGGGUUGAGUUAGAUAGCUGGUGGACUGAACUAAAGUUUAUCAUUCCUGUUUGAAACCUGGCUUAUCUCACUUAAAGAAACCAGUCAGUAUGGGUUCCUUCUCUGGAGACAGAAUCAGUGAACAGAGCACCUUUGGUUAUAAAGUGCUGGACAGGACUUGUUGUGGAAAAGAGCCACUGUGACAUUUGUGUUGUGACAACAGGUGACUUUGGGUUGGGAUAAUUUGUUGCCUUGUUUGGGUGAUGUUUGGAGGUAACGUGGUCAUUCUUGUUUUGUUUUUGUUUUUUUAACUUAUUAAUUAGUAAUUACUAAAAAGCUUUGUAAUUCUGAAGUAAUCCUUUUGGUUUACAGCUGUUGGGCUCUAUUUAUUCUGUGUUGCUCAUGUUAGAUUUUCCUGUUUCACAGGAACAUCUUGGAGUCUCUGCUUUUCCUUCUCUCUAUUUUCUUCCUGAUUUUCAGUAGGAGCUGUGCAGAGGUUUUGAUGUGUGUCCAGAGGAGUCACUGAACUGAGUGCUGGAUAAGUGGGCUCGGUGUCUCUUUCUUCUCUCCAGGAAAACUUUUGUCUUGUGCUGGUUUGGGUUUUGUUGCUUUUUAACUUUAUUUUUUGCACGUAUUUGAAUUUAUCUGCUGUGCACUCACCAUAUUACUAAUAUGUAUAUUUGAUAUUAGUGUGUCCUUUACACUGAGCUUCACACCAUUCUCUGCGUGGUCUCCUUUAUUUUGUCUGAACUGUGAGACACUUUGUAACAGUGCUGAUCCAUGGUUUGGUUUGGUUUGGUUUGGCUAACUAACUCAUUAACUAACCAAUAACCUCUGUGAGACUUUUUACAUUAAUGUUUUUUUUAAAACACUUUUAACAAUAA